AUGAAAUUCGGCAAUCUUUUGAGUUUCACCACUUUGGUGGGUUUGGCAGUUGCUGUACCAGACUUUUAUGAUAAACGUGAAGCUGUCAGUACCAAAGAAGCUGCUUUGUUGAGAAGAGGGGCUUCCCAAUGCAAAACCAAUGAGAACGUUAACAUUGAAGCUCCAAAACCCAACAUUUGGGACUCUUUGUCAAACGAUGAGCUUAAUCAGGUUGUAGAUUUGCUGAAUGAAACUUACAACUUGACUGAAAUUAUGGACGCUGAUUUCUACUCCAACUAUGUGUUGACCAUUGAGACAUUGAGACCAAACAAGUCUGAUGCUUUGGUCUUCCUUGAUGAAGACGGAGACAUCCCAGACAGAAACGCCAAAACCCUGGUUUACUUUGGUGAGGGAGAAGAAGGCUACUUUCAAGAGCUUAAAGUGGGACCAUUACCAGUAAGUGAAAAUACUACCAUCGAGCCUCUUUCCUUUUAUAACACCAACAACAAGUCCACACUUCCAUUCAAGUACGGAUUCGGAGACAGUGUUCUGAACACUGCCAAAAAUCAGUUCAUAACCGACAAUCUUAAUACCACGGUUCUGAGAGACGUGAUCGUUGAUUUGAUUGGUGUCACCUUUGAGGAAAUUACAUGCUGGGCCACUGAUCCUCAAAUCUUUGAUCCAGCCACUGAAACCACCGUUGCUUACGGUACGUGCUACAUCUUAACUCCAAACGACGCGGAGGAUUUGGUGCCAAUUGGUUUUUUCUACAAGUUCGACAUGACUGGAAGAGACGUGUCUCAGUGGAAGAUGUUGGAGUUCAUCUACAAUAAUAAAGUCUAUACCUCUGAGGAAGAGCUCUACGAAGCCACUCAAAAGGACGACUUUGUAAGAUUGCCAAAAAUUAAUGUUGAUGACCUCUCUUGGACUGUUAUCCAAAGAAAUAGCUCUUCUCCUGUCAGACACUUGGAUGACAGAAGAGCUCCUCAAUUGGUUGAAACUCAAGGCCGUAGAUGGGCAUUCGAUGCUGACGAGGAGUAUUUCACCUGGAUGGAUUGGGGAUUCUACACUGCUUGGAGCCGAGACACCGGUAUAAGUUUCUUCGAUAUAACCUUUAAAGGUGAGAGAAUUAUUUAUGAAUUGUCUUUGCAAGAGCUGAUAGCUGAGUAUGGUUCAGACGAUCCUAACAACCAGAACACUUUCUAUUCUGAUAUUUCGUAUGGUGUCGGAAAUAGAUUUAGCAUGGUUCCUGGUUACGAUUGCCCAACCACUGCUGAAUACUUCACCACUGACUACUACGAAAACAACCACCAUUAUAACCGCUCGCUUAGUUACUGUGUCUUUGAAAACAUGGAGGACUACCCAUUGCUGCGUCACACUGGUGGAACUUAUUCUACUGUUACUCAAAACCCAACUUUGAACGUAAGAUUCGUUGCUACCAUUGGAAACUACGAUUACAACUUCUUGUACAAAUUCUUCUUGGACGGUACACUUGAGGUCUCUGUUCGUGCCGCUGGUUACAUUCAAGCUGGUUACUGGAACGACCAAACCAGUAGUGACUUUGGUCUCAAAGUCCACGAUGUCCUGUCAGGUUCUUUCCAUGAUCAUAUGCUGAACUAUAAGGUCGACUUGGACAUCGCCGGUACCAAGAAUCGUGCAACCCAAUAUGUCAUGAAGAAUGUCGACGUUGAAUAUCCAUGGGCCCCAGGUGUUGUCUACAACACCAAGAAAAUUGCCAGAGAAGUAAUAGAGAAAGAGGACUUUAACGGUAUAAACUGGCCCGAAAACGGACAGGGUCUACUACUGAUUGAAUCUGCUGAGGAGACAAACAGCUUUGGAAAUCCAAGAGCUUACAACAUCAUGCCAGGUGGAGGAGCUGUUCACAGAAUUGUCAAGAAUUCUCGUCUUGCCCCUGAAACUGAAAACUGGGCUCGUUCCAACUUAUUCUUGACCAAGCAAAAAGAUUCUGAAUUGAGAUCAUCUACCGCUUUGAACUCCAAUGCUUUGUAUGAUCCACCUGUGAACUUUAAUGCUUUCCUUGACGAUGAGAGCUUGGAUGGUGAAGACAUCGUCGCUUGGGUCAAUGUUGGUCUGCACCAUUUGCCAAACUCUAACGACUUGCCAAAUACCAUUUACUCGACUGCUCAUGCUUCCUUCAUGUUGACCCCAUUCAAUUACUUUGACAGUGAGAAUUCAAGAGACACCACGCAACAAGUUUACUAUGAGUAUGACGCUGAUACCAAGGAAUCUACUUGGGAGUUCUAUGGUAAUGACUGGAGCUCCUGUGACCUUGAGAUCCAGGAACCAAAUUUCGACGAUUUCACCUACGGGGAAGAGACUCGUAUCAACAAAAAGACAACCAACGCUUACGAAAUUUACUAA